AUAGUAUCACAACCACUGCCGUUGUUUAACCGACUCGUUGUCUCUGCUAUUAACAAGCAAGGCGAGCUUAUAUUAGCUUUACAUAUAAUGACUUCCUCGGAUUGGAUCAGUCGACUUGGGGUCAGCGAAGUGUGACCUGUGUUGAAGUGGUAGCGACGAGUUAUCGCCCUGACGAGAGUUGUGGACAUUGAUCACUGAGGAGACCCCGCCAUGGCUACAGCUGACGGGGGUGCAAGCUUCCUGACAAGAGUGUUUGACACCGCCCGUGGGAACUACAUCGCGUUAGCCGGGGUCGUCAGCGUGGGCAUUGGGAUAGCGUUGUUACGACAACUUGUCAGUGGGGGAGUAUGUCGCAGCAACGUCCGUCUCAAGGGCAAGUUCGCCAUCGUCACCGGCGCCAACACCGGCAUUGGGAAGGAGACGGCGAAGGACCUGGCUGUGAGAGGUGCCCGUGUGUUGCUGGCGUGUCGAGACCCCCUGAAAGGUGCGGCUGCUGCAGAUGAUAUAUUCAGGACGACUGGACAAAGGUUGAUGGUAAAGACAUUGGAUUUGGCGAAUUUAGACUCGGUCAGACAGUUCGCGAAGGAUAUCAACGAUGAGGAGCCGAAGCUUGAUAUACUCGUCAACAAUGCAGGUGUGAUGAUGUGCCCAAAGAUGCUGUCCAAGCAGGGCUAUGAACUUCAGUUUGCUACCAACCACCUGGGUCACUUCCUCCUCACCAACCUCCUGCUUGGGCUCAUCCAGAGGUCCGCACCCAGUCGCAUCGUCGUCGUGUCCUCGGGUAUAUAUAAAAGGGGCGACAUCAACUUUGACGACAUCAACAGUGAGAAGGAGUACAAUCCUUACGCUGCCUACGCUCAGAGUAAAGUAGCAAAUAUUCUCUUUUCAAAUGAGCUUGCCAAGAAACUUAAAGGGACAGGUGUGACGGUAAACUCUCUACACCCUGGCGUGAUCGCGAGUGACCUGACCAGGCACGUCGAGGACAGGGUCCCCGGCGUCCUGCGGUUCCUCAUCAAGCCCCUCUACCUCUUGGUGCAGGUGCUCGCCUUCAAGACAGUGAAGCAGGGCGCCCAGACUUCUAUCUGCUGCGCUGUGGCGGAGGAGCUGGAGGGAGUGACUGGGAAGUACUUCAGCGACUGUACACAGACGAAGUUGCUGCCUCACGCCACCGACGAGGACGCUGCCAGGAGAUUGUGGAGGUUGAGUGAGGAAAUGACCGGCCUCGUAACAGGAGCAGAUAACUCCGGGAAAAGUAGCAAAACGAAGUCCGACCGUGUGGAAUCGAAUUCUGAGGACAAGAAAACUGAGAGACAGGAAACUGUGACCAAGUCUGGCUCGAAACAGACGACUGUUUGAAUGUGUUAAUACAUAGUUCGGCUGCUGGGGAUGUUUUAGUGAACAUGUGGAUAUGUCAGGAUUUCAUUCUAAAAAAAGAUUCACCCACAUUGAUGGCUUAAAUGAGUUAUGAUUUAUGCAUGCGUGAAAGGUAAUAUAACUUAUAUAAUCAUGUGUGUAACCUCCACAAGAUUAGAUACAACAAAUAUUUACGAGAUGAUAUUACUAUUUAAGGAAGAUAUAUUUAGUUGACAUGGAUUAAACGGAUGACCAUUAUGUCUGGAAAACCUGAAUACGUGUCCCUCGGCGUCCUUAGGAUGGUAGGUCUCGUGUUCAAGUUCCAGAUUAGCCCCGAGUGUGGUACUUGAUCUGCCAGCACCAUACCCGUGGCCACUGAGUAGGUUUUACAAAAGUGGUAAACCUAUGAAUAUGUCUUCAGCAACCCAUGACUCUUAAAAGACGACCAACGGGAUAGGGUGGUCAGGUUCGGUAACUAAAAAAUUGGUUCAUAGGGGGCGGUGGGGUAGCCUAGUGGUUAAAGCGUUCGCUCGUCACGCCGAAGACCUGGAAACAAUGUGUGAAGCCCAUAUCUGGUGCCCCCCGACGUGAUAUUUACUUGGUUCAUACACCUCUGAUAUUCUCGGCGAUCUAUAGGUUCCAAGGUGUUUCCCAACUGCUAUACCGGUAAAAUCACAACAUAGAAACAAACCUGCUGCUGUUAUUUAUUUGUUAUAUAAGCAUAACAAGGACCACUGUCUUUUGAUGUCUAUGACAUGUAUGUAAACAUUGAUGUUUUGAACAAAUUAUUUUUUACGAAAUAAAUGUUUUAUUCUU